CUGCUGGGCAAUGUUCUGGUGUGCGCGGCCAUCGUGCGCAGCCGCCACCUGCGCGCCAAGAUGACCAACGUCUUCAUCGUGUCUCUGGCUGUGUCCGACCUCUUCGUGGCGCUGCUGGUCAUGCCCUGGAAGGCGGUCGCCGAAGUGGCCGGUUACUGGCCCUUUGGGGCCUUCUGCGACGUCUGGGUGGCCUUCGACAUCAUGUGCUCCACCGCCUCCAUCCUGAACCUGUGCAUCAUCAGCGUGGACCGCUACUGGGCCAUCUCCAGGCCCUUCUGCUACGAGCGCAAGAUGACCCAGCUUGUGGCCUUGGUCAUGGUCGGCCUGGUGUGGACCUUGUCCAUCCUCAUCUCCUUCAUCCCAGUUCAGCUCCACUGGCACAGGGACAAGAUGGGCUCCUGGGGUGGGGUGGACCCGCCAUCUAACUCCGCCAACGGGACACCCUGGGAGGAAGCCGGAGAGCCAGAAGUGAGCGCGGAAAACUGUGACUCCAGCCUGAACCGAACUUAUGCGAUCUCCUCCUCGCUCAUCAGCUUCUACAUCCCGGUGGCUAUCAUGAUUGUGACCUAUACGCGCAUCUACCGCAUCGCCCAGGUACAAAUUCGCAGGAUUUCCUCCCUGGAGAGGGCCGCGGAGCACGCGCAGAGCUGCCGGAGCCGUGAGGCCUGUGCGCCCGACGCCGGCCUGAGGGCAUCCAUCAAGAAGGAGACCAAGGUCCUCAAGACCCUGUCGGUGAUCAUGGGGGUCUUCGUAUGCUGCUGGCUGCCCUUCUUCAUCCUUAACUGCAUGGUCCCCUUCUGCAGCGGACACCCCGAGGGCCCCGAGGCGGGCUUCCCCUGUGUCAGCGAGACCACCUUCGACGUCUUCGUCUGGUUCGGCUGGGCCAACUCCUCGCUCAACCCCAUCAUCUAUGCCUUCAACACUGACUUCCGACAGGUGUUUGCCCAGCUGCUGGGGUGCAGCCACCUCUGCUCUCGCACCCAGGUGGAGACGGUGAACAUCAGCAAUGAGCUCAUCUCUUACAACCAGGACACCGUGUUCCACAAGGAGAUCGCAGCCGCCUACAUCCAUAUGAUCCCCAACGUCGUGACCCCGGGCGACGCGGAUGUGGACAAGCAGGCGGAGGAGGAGAGCCCUUUCGAUCGUAUAUCCCAUAUCUCUCCGAAGUCCCCAGGUGGCGACCCUGCUGCCCAGUCUGUCUGGGAGCUGGACUGCGAGGGGGAGACUUCACUAGACAAGAUAACGCCUUUCCCCCCAAAUGGAUUCCAUUAACCUGCAUAAGAAACCCGCCUCGUGGAUCUAUAUAACCGCGCAGACACUAGCAAGCAUGCGGAACCCACACACGGGCACACACUGACACGUUUCGAGUGCUGCUCAGUCUAUCACGUUUUCUGUGUUGGUGUGGUCGCCACGUGCUUAGAAACCUCACCAGACCGAUUUGUUGUUGAAAGAUCUGGCAGAAGCAGUUGGAGUAAACUCAGUCAAAUAUACCUUAGCCUAGCAGAGAUGGACCAGUUGUUCUGUUAGAGAAGAUAAGGCGGGGGAGAAAAAAGUGGUACUUAGUCUUUGAAAAAUAUACUCUCCCCUUCCUUUUUAAACAAAAGGACCGUUCAGUGACUUAUUUGUGUUUGGGCUGAUUUUUAAACAGUAGGCUUAGUAUGUGUGUAGUGCUGAUGGGAGUGUGUGUGGCUUUCCGGAAUCUUGCUUCCUGUGGCCUGUGUUUAUGCAGUUUCUGCUCUCUGUAUGUCUUUACUACAGCUGAGGAAUUCUUCCUGAUUUGUUCUGGUGUCUAAUAAACAUGAGUUAUGUGUGUUACAGGGUGAUUAUCUUUGCUUUGCCAGAUUGGUUCUCAGGACAGCUCCUGGAGAAGCCAUGAGAGCAUCUUUAAAAGCAGGGAAGAUCUUGGCUAGGUCUGGAAGCACACGCUUAUUUUCUUUACAGACAGUUUGGCCUUAAAGGCACACACAGGGGCAAGAGAACUUGAAGGGCUUCCGAUAACUCAGUUUUUUUUUUUUAAAUCAGGUGCACACAUCUCAAGUCUGUGCAGAAAUAUGGCUUCAAUGCUGCAUCAUCAAAUAUGGUCUUCUUAAGCCAGGAAUUCCAAUAUUUAUUUUCUCAUUGAGAAUCUUCUUU